UACUUGAUCAGAUCUUCACCUCCUUAUCUAUCUCUCUCUCUCUCUCUCUCUUUAUAUAUAUAUAUACACACAUAUUCAUGCCCAUUAGCUCCUCGCAUGUCACCACCAUCAUCAUCAUCAUCACCACCCAUGGACUGGUUCUCCUGGCUAUCCAAGACUGCCCUGGAGCCUUCACUUGUCUACGAAUAUGGCCUUGCUUUGGCUCGCAACGAGCUCCAGCAGGAGGACAUAAACUACUUCAACCACGAAUUUCUUCAGAGCAUGGGAAUCUCCGUGGCCAAACACCGGCUAGAGAUUCUCAAGCUCGCCAGGAAGGAGGGAGGAGGGCCAGGAAACCUCUCCAGCCUCAUCCUGGCAAUCAACAAAACCAAGAAGUGCUUCAACAAGUACAUUGGCAAGUGGGUUUACCGCGACGACAUGUCGUUCAAGGCGGCCCCUCCACAGCCGUUGCCGAGAGGAGCGUUGCUGAGGCGGUACAAGAGCGAGGAGGGCAAGGAGGAGAGGCUGCCGGUGUUCAAGAAGAGGAGCAUAACUCUCUCAGGACCUCUUGAUGGGAGGGUGAGGGAGAAGGUUAUGGUGAAUACAAGGAGCUUGAAAUUGUCUGGGCCUCUGGAUGGGAAGCUGCAUGAAAGAUUAGCUGGGCCUAUGUACACAGCUAGAAGCCCACGAUUGUCAGGACCUCAGUAUACAUCAAGGAGCCCAAAGUUAGCUGGGCCCAUGGAUGGAUGGGCCCCAGAAAGAUUGAUGGUGACAACAACAAAGAGCCCAAGGCUGCAGGAGAGGUUGAUGGUGACAGGGAGGAUUCCAGGGACAGCAGGAUCUCUGGAGGGGGGGAAAGUUGCAGCCCCUCCAGUGAUUUACAGCCAUUAUAGCCAGGAAAAGGAGGAUGUUGAUUAUGAUGAUCAUUCACUGUGGGCUACACUCUUUCAUGAUAUGAAACCCACUUGAAUUUUGUGUUUUUAUUUCAUCAGAGGAGGCAACAAAAUUUGUAUUGCUUUUGAGGCUUGUUUAUGUGAUAUAUUAUAUUAUAUAUGAUGUCUAUAGACUAUUAUAGUGCACCAAUAAUGGCAUUUUUAGGCCACAAGCAUCGACAAUAGUGGUUUAUUUGCGUGGA